ACACACGCGCGUCUCGUCAUGCGGCGGCUGCUCGGAGGGAGGCUGAGGCAGGGCAAGCUCUGAGCGAGCGUCCGUCCGUUCGUGCGUCCGUUCUGCCGGAGAAACUGGCUCCAUGACAAGAUGCCAACCUUUUCCGUUAUGUAUAAAGGAGCUGUCAUCAUAAGCAGGACACUCAUGGGUCCAUAUGGUGUCGACAGAGCAGUUCAUUCCAUGGACUUUACAGACUGUGAGAAUGGCUUAGGAAUCAAAGUGAUUGGAGGAGUGAAGGAGCUAACCGGAGAGGAAUUUGGAGUUUACGUGAAAAGGAUUUUACCUGGUGGCCUUGCUUCAAGUGAUGGAAACCUGUUACCAGGAGACCAAAUCUUGGAGGUGAAUGGAGAAAGUCUAAUAGGUGUCACAAGUGACAGAGCUGUGGACGUAUUGAGAGCGGCUUCAGCAACCAAUCACAUGCGACUUCUUAUCGCCAGGGAUGAUGAAGCAAAGAAAGAAUUUGCUGAGCUCAUGGAGAAAUAUGGCUCCAAUGGUAGCACAGGAUCAACACGCAACUCUCCAAUACAGCAAGGAGGUCGCUACUUGGAAAGUACAUCAUCUGGUUCUUCAUCUCGCUCCCAGAGUCCUUUAUUGUUAAGCCCGGCUGGCUCUCAGAACACGUACAACAACAGCGGACCUAUGAUGCGCUCACUCAGUCACCCAGGUGAAGGAGUGAUUCAACUGAUUUCCGUGACUCGAUCAACAAGUAUGGGCAUCAUCCUGGGAGGUGGCUCAAACCGCCCCGAUGGUCCGGCAGUUUUCAUUCAGGAGGUUCUUUCCGGUGGAGACUGUCACCGGGACGGACGUCUGCGGCCAGGAGAUCAGCUCAUCGCCGUUAACAAAGAAUCCUUGAUAGGUGUUACGCACGAGGAGGCCAAAAGUAUGCUGAACAAAGCCGAAUCCAGUCAAGAAAGUGCAGUGGAGAUUGCCUUCAUCCCAGGUAAAGGACUUUUCCAAAGCAGUACGUCUCUUCACAACGGUGUUCAGCGGGCUACGGGCAACUCUGGACGCUUAAAGGUCCACAUCCGAUCACCUGAGAUGUGUGCCGAGGAGCCGACUCCAGUGCCCCCGCCUUCUCCUGACAUUUGUCCGCCGGAUAUCCACAUUUCAGCCAAGCAGACAAAUGACUCCAAUGAUUCAACCAAUCCGAGGUCACCCACAGGGACCAAACCCAAGAUCACACUGGACCCCUACAUUCGGCUCAAAUCAGACAAAUUGGAUUUGGCUCUGUCCUUUCUCGGCUUGGACGUCAGCGAUGAGAAAAGGAAGAGGUUACGACAGAGCCUGACGACAGACCCGCAAGGCACCGUGGCCUAUGGAGACUUUGUUGAAGCCACACGGUCCAUUUUCCAGGAUAACUUGGAGGAGCUCAGUUUAGGGGCGGGUCCUUUUAUGUUCUCCUAUCACGAAGCAGCCAGUCUGAUGGACACGUCGGCCUUCCAUUCUCCCACGUGUGAAUCGGAGUGCAGCUACGGUAGCGAGGAAAUGGAGCAGUUUCAGACAGAGGUCAAACAGCUGCAAACCCAAAUGAAGCAGCUCAAGGUGGUACUAAAGGAUAUGGAGCACAGCAAGAAAAGUCUUGAGGAUGAGCUGCAGAAGACCUCGGAGAAAGCGUGUUUGACCGUGGAGGAGAAUACCCGUCUGAAGAGCCAACUGCAAGCGGCAGAGGCCGAGGGGGUGCAGCGUCACGGGAGCAGCGCGGAGCAGGACUACGAAGAGGUGAUCCAGCUCCUGGAGGCCGAGAUUAAAGACCUAAAGAACCAGCUGGCGAGCAAGAGACAAUCGCGAGGAGAAGCUACAAAAGAAGAGGUGCAGGAACUGAGCAGGAGGCUGACUGCCAUUGAUUGUCAGCUCCGCCAGUCUGAAGUCAACAGAAAACACCUUGAGAUGUCCAACAAAAGACUUCUAGGCUUUGCACAGAACGUCCACAAGGUAUUAACAACCCCAAGCUUGUUUGGAGGAGAACACGGGAGCAACAAGUCCUCACCGGCUGCAGACAGUCCCGACGCACUUUCGCCACUUCCCGAUCCCGCUUUGCAGCUGGCAGUUGAGGCCAAAGAGUUGGUGCAGGGUGUAUUCACCAUAGUGACAGAGAAGGAAGUUGCUCCAGAUGUCAGCCCUCACUACAUGUGAGCCCAAAGGACAACCAGGGAAGAACAUUAGCCCAAGCUCUCCAAUCAGACACCGAAUCCACUCGGACUCUCAACUGAGCCAGCGCCCUCCGACACGCACCUUUUCAAAAUAAGACUAUUUCAGAACACUACUAUUUAAUGCCAAAGCUCAGUAUACAUCCAAUUAGACAUCCUCAGCUUCUGUGGCUUCUUCAAAUGGACUCAACCAAGACCUUCCUUCUUAAGACCUGGACAGAUAUCUCCAUGGAAACAUUUGCCCUCUUGUUUGAAUUUAUUAACUUUAGGCAUGAGCACAAUACACAGAUGAUGCACAACUAAUAGUCCUUCCAAUUUUCUACCCUCUCAUCACAAUGCAUGUAGAGGCCAAUCUCAAUCCCCGAAUCUCCGUAAUAACCCCAUCUGCUAAGAACCAGCAUCAAGUGAGUUGACCUCAAUUGUUUUCUUUUCUCCCAUUGUGAAUGGAAGCAGAGCAGGAUUUUGCGUUGCUACGCAAGACCAACCUGAACAGUUUGUCGGCUCAACAUCAUUGCAUGAUGCGA